ACUCCACUAGAGUAUUAUUGCAUAAGGCAAAUAUACAGUAAGUGUGUAGUAGAAGGGGGUGCCUUUUUCCGGAAAGGACCCUGAAGCAAUCCUUAUUUAGUGUCUGUUACUCAGUGACAAGAUGGACUUGGGAGGAAAGAAGUCAGCCAAGAUCUGAAGACUCCAAGCCAAUAACAACCACAAAUGGCUUCCCAUGAAAUGGGGAAAGCCUCUGCAGGUGGGGCCCCAGACAGCCACGUGGAACCACAGUUGGUGAAUGAGAAUGUCUGCCAGCCCAUUGACAGAUCGCAAAAUUGCCGGAAGGGGGAGCUGCAAGCCCUUGGGGCCAUCCAGAUCCUGAAUGGAGUAAUGAUUCUUGCCCUGGGUGUUUUUCUGGGCUCCUUACUGUAUUUGUCCCACCUCUUCAGGCACCCCUUUUUCUUCACCUUCUACACAGGCUAUCCACUAUGGGGCGCUGUGUUUUUUAUUAGUUCAGGAUCCUUGUCUAUUGCAGCAGGGAGAACAUCCAGAAGAAAGUUGAUACAAAACAGUUGUGAGGUGAACAUUUCCAGUGCUACAAUUGCAAUAGUUGGCAUUAUUUUUCUCUUAAUAAAUUUAGUAAUUAAUAGCAUGUCUUUCAAGAGUUGUCAGUUAUUCCAGUCACCAGACUUAUGCAUUUACGUGGGCUCUACAUCAAUGGGCCUUGUGUCUUUAAUGCUGAUUCUCACUCUUCUGGAAUUGUGCAUAAACAUCUCCAUCAUAGUCAUGUGGUGCAAGAAAAACUGCUGUAAUUCAAGAGAGGCAAUUUCCUCACCUCCUAAUUCUGUGGAAUAGAGAACGCCUCCUGAUGAAAGCAAUUCUGAGGAAGGACAUUGAACCUUGCUUCUCCAAUGAGGCAGAACUUCAUCCAGGACCUUAGAGAAGAUAAGCCCAUGAACACAAUCCCCUAUGGCACCAAUCUUGAGAAACAUGGGCAUUUGAAUCCAUCCUUUCUGUCCUAAUUAUAAAUCCCAUUACUGUGUUUUUGUUUAUUAAGGCAUUCUUGGUUUGGAACUUCCAUGACCACUACCCCAAAGUUGGUCCCUAGAUUGAUUCUCUUUCUUUCUUACCUCCCUAUUCCUCUACCUUAUGAGAUUGAAGGAAGGCAGGUAGUAUAAUCUCUAUUUCAAGUAUUCGCUUUAAUAUGCAACUUCCAACCACCCAAUGCGGAAAACAAAGGAAUCAAAGUUUUUUUUCUUUCAUUACAGGAUAAUUUUUUGUUUUGUUUUGUUCUCUUGGUUUUACUUUAGCUGACAUCAGCAGUGCAAAAACUGUUAAAUAAAAAUCAUCAUCCUCAUCGAGAUAAUAUUUCAUUCUAUUUGAGGUGAGAGGGUUGUGUUUAAGAGUUUUUAUUUCAAUCUCUGCUACUGAGAUUCACACAUACUCUAAAACAUAAAUGGGGAUUAAGGUUGGGGACUUUGAGAGAAAGAUCAACAUCUGUUCCUCAGAGGACUGUGAGAAACUGUAAAGAAAUAAUGCAGGCUUUAGAAUACAACUGAUUUGUGUUCAUAUUCUGAUACUGUUACUUAAGCAAUUUGGGCAAUUUACUUAAGCUCUCUGAUCUAUUUUUUCUCAUCUGUUGCACAGGUGUAGUAAUAGCAACUACCUCAUCAGUUGUUAUGAGAGUAAAAUGAAAAUAAAGCAAAUGUUAAAUAGCACCAUAAGUUAUAA